GUCCCGGCCGCAGUCCCCCGGCUGCGGGCGCCGCGCGAUGCGUGGAGAGGCCAGAGAGGGCGGCGGCCGCGAGCCCGGGUGGUGAGGCCGGAGCGUCCCCGCAGCGCCCCCGGCCGGAUGGCGGCCGCGCCGUGGGAGCCGGUGCGCAACGACUCGCUGCCGCCCACGCUGUCGCCGGCCGUGCCCCCGUUCGUGAAGCUCGGGCUGACGGUGGUCUACACCGCCUUCUACGCGCUGCUGUUCGCCUUCGUGUACGCGCAGCUGUGGCUGGUGCUGCGCUACGGCCACAAGCGGCUCAGCUACCAGAGCGUCUUCCUCUUCCUCUGCCUGCUCUGGGCCUCGCUGCGCACCGUGCUCUUCUCGUUCUACUUCGGGGACUUCGUGGCGGCCAACUCGCUCAGCCCCUUCGUCUUCUGGCUGCUAUACUGCUUCCCAGUGUGCCUGCAGUUCUUCACCCUCACGCUCAUGAACUUGUACUUCACGCAGGUGAUUUUCAAGGCCAAGUCAAAAUAUUCUCCAGAACUGCUCAAAUACCGGUUGCCCCUCUACCUGGCCUCGCUCUUCAUCAGCCUCAUUUUCCUGCUGGUGAAUUUAACCUGCGCAGUGCUGGUGAAGACGGGACAUUGGGAGAGGAGGGUCAUCGUCUCCGUGCGUGUGGCCAUUAAUGACACGCUGUUUGUGCUGUGUGCUGUCUCCCUCUCCAUCUGUCUCUACAAAAUCUCCAAGAUGUCCUUAGCCAACAUUUACCUGGAAUCUAAGGGCUCCUCCGUGUGCCAAGUGACCACCGUCGGUGUCACCGUGAUCCUGCUUUACACCUCUCGGGCCUGCUACAACCUGUUCAUCUUGUCAUUUUCUCAGAACAAGAACAUUCAUUCCUUUGAUUAUGGCUGGUACAACGUAUCAGACCAGGCAGAUCUGAAGAAUCAGCUGGGAGAUGCCGGCUACGUCAUAUUUGGAGUGGUGCUUUUUGUGUGGGAACUCCUCCCUACCACUUUAGUGGUUUACUUCUUCCGAGUUAGAAAUCCUACAAAGGACCUUACCAGCCCUGGAAUGGUCCCCAGCCACGGAUUCAGUUCCAGAUCUUAUUUCUUUGACAACCCUCGAAGAUAUGACAGUGAUGAUGACCUUGCCUGGAACAUUGCCCCUCAGGGACUUCAGGGAAGUUUUGCUCCAGACUACUAUGACUGGGGACAACAGACUAACAGUUUCCUGACACAAGGAGGAACUUUGCAACGAGAUGCAACUUUGGAUCCUGACAAACCAAGCCAUGGAUAGCACAAGUUAACAGUUUUCUGGAAGAUUCCUCAGUUGAAAAGCUUCAGAAAGACACAGUUAAUGACAGCUGAAUUUUUAGGACACUUUUUCUUAAGAAAUAGGACAUGAUUUUUGUUACAGGUUUCUAAUGGCUCCACAGGACUAAGCAAUAAUUAACACUGAUAAACCCUUAUUUUAGUACUAAAAAGUGAGCCUGGCUAUUUCAGUGGGUAUAAUUUAAACUUUUUAAAGAAAAUCUGUACUUUUAUAAAGAUGUAUUUUAUAUAACUUAAAUAAUAAUGCUAAAGUGUACUAGGGUUUUUUCUUGAGAAUCUUGUAGUUUGCACAGACUUUUAUGCAUAAUUCACUUUAAAAGUAUAAAAUAUAUGGUCUAAUAGUUUCUUAAGGCUUUUGGACCAAAGUAUUCCUUAAAUCCUUACCUAUUCGGGUCUCAUGUUCUGAGCUCCGCAUGGGUAACUUCUGAAAUACAGUUGACAUCUAGAAAGCCGAUAGCAACUCCAAAGUUGAAAGUUCAACUGAAAUGGUGUAUCAACAGACUAUAAGGUAACUGGCUCUUUAGAGUUUCCUUAAGGUCCAGAUGGCUGGUCCCUCAAAGAAUCUCUUGGAUUUUGCCAGAAGUCUGGUACUUCCUUUCAAUAGGUCACUAAUGGAUACACUUCAGCGAUAAGUUGAUAAUGUUAAAAAUGUAGCUGACUUACACUAUUAAACCUCCUCUGCUAUACUCGUAGAGAUUUUGCAUACUUUUUUCCAUCCCAAUAAAAUCUAAUAUCCGUUACCUCAGGACUACAAGACUGCACC